AUGUUCUACCGACCGUGGGCCGCUCUUCCCAAAGACGCAGAGUUUCCCUGCGAUCUCAAGGCCCUAGGCUACUUCGUCAAUAACGAGGACGAAAUCCGGAGCAUUGAGAGCCCGGAUACUUAUUUCAAGUACCACGUUGACCUGCUCGAGCGCGUCAACGACCGCCAGCGCUUUGCCUUCAAUACGGCGGUGGAGAGUGUCAUCCAUGGGCGUCUAGAAAAGGAAGGCCUUGAGAAAAUUCGCCUCCCUUGGGAUACCCCUGAGGAUGAACCCCAUGUCCCUAUCUUCGUGAGUUCCGACAUCAAGUCCAAGAAACGCGUCAUCAUCAUCUUCGGCGAGACGUCUCAGAUGCUGGGAGCUCUUGCAAUGCGCAUCGUCAACGGCCGUGGCGGCGUCGACAAAGGUUCUCUCGUCUCUAUUGUCCGCGAGAUCAAGAAGCAGCACUGCUCGCCCGACGACGACGAUUCCCCUGGCAUUAUCUUGGCCAACAUGGGCGAGACCUUCUGGUGGCCCGAGGGGAAGAGGGCCCUAGAACUGCCACGAUGGAAUGCCACGCCGGCUCCCAGCAUGGUUCAAGUGAGCCGAGCCUUUCGGCCUAAUUAUCACUGCAUCAAAGGCCAUGAUAACCAUCAUAGCCAUGUCGAGUACAUUUUCGACGAAGUUCUCAAUGUUCUCGUCCGACCCGAUGCAAAGAUUGACAUCAUCGCAGUCGGAGACGGUGGCGAGGCCGUGGAGAAGUUCUUCAAUCAUAAAUUCACUUGGGCUAUUUUCGGACCUCGUGUUAAUUCCAUGGUGCUUUUGGGGGACGGGGUGCACUCCGAUCUGAUCAGUUGUCCCGGGUUCAAGAACUUCCUCAAGAAGCGCACUCGGGCCUACGUCGUUGAGCCUUCCCUCAAGGAGCAGGUGCCUCUGGCGACUUCUCAUGAGGGCCACAACGGUCAUGCCAUCCAUGGAUACUUCGGAUGCCCCGUCUAUAGCAGCGGUGAAUACAACUACAUCGAAUGCAUCCUCCCGCGUGCGAAGGAACACAUCUUGAAGUGGAUCCAGCAGGUCGCCGACGAUGAGAACUACGAAAACGACCCCAACAUUGCCACUGUUAACCCCUACAAGGAGGAGCUCGGCUCUCCCGAGGCACCUGAAGGGGAUCCUUGGGAUGACAUCCCCGAGGAAGAGAGGCCGACCAUCUCUUUCGCGGACCGGGAGAUGAUGGAGACUGAGGUGCGCCUUACUCGCAUGUGGGACAACUACAAGAAGACUGGACGAUUCGAGUCGGUUUGA